AUGAAAGAACCUAUUGAAGAAACACUUGUUGUGGACUGGACUACAGCCAUUGAAGCACUUGACCUUCAUACAGUACAAGAAUUACUCGAUCUUCAACCUGAUCUUUUAUGGACACCACUUACACCACUUUCUCAUCUCGAAACUGAUUUCGCUCAUUUUAUUGAUCGUUUACAAGAAUAUAAAUUAUUAGGAACCUCUAUUCGUCCUUUAUAUGCACUUCAUCAUAUCUUAUUUGAUUAUGGUGCAGAAGGAGACGAAUGGGCUGAGGAAAGACAUGAAUUGAUUGAAUUUAUUUUAAAGAAAUCUACAGCUAAAGAAUUAGAAACAUAUGUAUGGGGAGAAGAAGAGAAUACGAUCAUGCAUCUUGCUUACUUUUUGAAUAAACAAGAUCUAAUACAGCAAUUAUUAGAAAAGGGUGUCUCCAAUGAUAGACGUAAUAAACUUGGACACUUGCCUGCAGAUAACGAUCAGCCUAAAUUACUUGUCAAGGAUAAAUUAAAGACUUCAACAGCAUCAAAACAAGCCAGUACUUCAGAAAGAUUUCGACGUUUACGUGAGCUGGCAGAGUCCCACAAGGAUCAUGUAAAGAAUAAUAAAUCCAAAACAGAAAGACAAAAUUCGACACGUCGAUACUUUCGUCCUGGUCAUCUUGAAGAGCGUAAACGACGAGUGUUGAGUGAAGAAGAAGAAGCAGAGUUGAGAGAGAAGGAACGGCUUAAACGUCAAAAGGAAGUUGAAUUACUAGCUCAGCGGUCUGCUGUCAAGAAUAAUCCACUAUUUAGGAAAUUCGAAGGACAACAGGACGAGUCUAACGAGACAGAGCAAGCCAAGACUACGACAGCAACAACAACAUCAGAUUCAAUGAAAGCAAAAACAAAGUUCCUUAAUGCAGCAGAACAGGUGAAGCGUAGCUCUAGAGUCAUCAAUAUCUUGAAGGAUAGAUCAGUAGUGUCUACCAGUGUAUUUCGUCAACAGACAGCAGAUGCUCAACCGCCAAAGAAAGUUCCUUCACUUCGAACUUUGAAAGCAGCCAAGGAAGCUUCUGCUAAAAAAAGAGCAGAGCCUUCUGAACAUACUGAAGAAGCACAAAAGAUAGAGAGUAACAGUAUACCUGCACCCAGCAUCAGUUCAACAAGCUCUCAGAAUACAGAAGAAGAAGAGGAAGAGGAUGAAGAAGAGGGUGAAGAAGGAAGAAAACCAGAGAAUGACAAGGUUAUACCAGUCAUAAGCACUGAAGAGGAGGAUUCUUCUACAACGCCACCAAUAUCAAUAGAGAUAACAUCACCGCUACCAUCACCAAAGCCGACACUGUCAACUGAAAUAGGCAGCGAAAACGAUAAUGAUAAGCUAGAUCCACCUUUUAUUAAAAUGCCAGAGAGAAAGCCUCGAGUAGAUACAGAUGACAAAGCCAUUUUACCUUCAGGAAAGAGAAUCACUAUAAAGAAAAAGGGAAAAGUAAAACAAAUUAUCAAUGUUCAUGAACAUCUCAACGAAGAAGAAAAGAUCGAAAUCUAUUCAACAGGCAAAAAAUUCCAGGUUUGGAAAAGGGAUGAGACAAGUCAUGAAGACAGCAAUAAUGAUGAUGAAGCCAACGCUUAUAGAAAGAAGAAGGACUCAGAAGAAGCAUCAUGUACUGGAGCAAUUGAUGAUAGUUUGUUGAAAUCAAGCUUUAUCAAAGGAAGCGUUAACGAUGAUGCCAACGAAGGUGUUAAAAAGGAUAUCAAAGAGAACGUAAAAGAUAUCCAAGAAUACGCCAAAGAGAACGUAGAAAAGAACGUAAAAAAGGAUAUCAAAGAGAAUAUCAAAGAAAAUAUUCAAAGAGAUAUCCAAGGAGAUAUCAAAACAGAUGUCAAAAAGGAUACCAAAAAAGACGCCAAAGAAUAUGCCAAAGAAGUUAAAGAAGAUGUCAAAAAGAGUAUCAAAGAAUUUUUCAAAAUAGAUUUCGAAGAGGAUAUCAAAGAAGACAUAAAAGAAGUUGGCGAAAAGAACAUCAAAGAGGAUUUCCAAGAGGACAGAAAAGACCAUGCUAAAGAAUAUACUAAAGAAAAGACCUAUGAUACACUGGGCCAAUCAAUAUCACCUAUAGCAACGGUAGCAGUAAAGAUCAACGAUCCUGGCAGUCCAACAUCGCCUGUUACUAAACGUGGACCAGAAAUAAACUCAUCCUUAAAAGUAAAAGACGAAAUCAGUAGAAUCAACGAAGUAACUAUCGCAUUUGAUCAGAAGCAGUUAAAAGAAGCGAGGCAAAGUGAAGAUGGCUUGGUGGACGUAUAUGAGUGUGACUCUGUGGCAAAUUCUACUAUAAACAAGCCUACGCUAGCAACAUACGACCUAAUAUUCGAUGACCAAACAAUAGCUGAGGACAAGAAUCACCAGCAGCCAGUUUACAAGAGUCAGUCAACUGAAACCCUGAAUAAAAACAUAUCUUCAAACUUGACGGAAAUCAACACGUUUAAUGAGCACCACUUCGCUAAAGAUGAUGACGACGAUGUUGAUUCAGUGCUUUAUAACCGAGAAAGUAUGCAUCACAGUGAAGUAGCUGGAAAGGUUAUAUAUACGACGCCCAAAAUACAAACGGUACACGAAGCCCCUACUGUUAUAAUGACUGAACCUGCAGUAGCCCCACAAGAAAUACCCGCCCCAAUGUCUUUUGAAAAGGGAGUUGUGCGUCUAGACAACGUAGCUAUCUCCCAGGCUGCAGCCUACAUUGAGAAUGACGUGCUGAGUAUUCAUCAAGAAAUGUUGAACAAGAAUGAGAUGAGUCAAGAGGACAGCGGUAAUGAUGAUGAAGCUGUUGAUUAUUACAAAAAGAAAAAGGCUUCAAUCGAAGAUUUGCAUACUGAAAUAACUGUAGACAACAGUGUGCCCGAGUCAAGUUCUAUUGAAGGAUACACCAAAAAGUAUAUUAAAGAAGAUGUAAGGGAGGUUGUUAGAGAGUAUAUCCAAGAAGAUAUCAAAGAGAAUGAAAAAGAAUAUAUACAAAAGCAUAUACAAGAGGAUGCAAAAGAACAUAUACAUGAAGAUAUUAAAAGGAAUACCAAACAAAAGAUCGAAGAAAAUGACAAAGGAGAUAUUAAAGAAAACUCCAAAGAAGAUGUCAGAGAGUAUGUAAAAGAAGAUACUCAAGAGAAAAAUAUCAAAGAAAAUGUCCAAGGAGGUGUCAAAGAAAAGACGGAUGGUACACUGGACCGAUCAUUGCCACCUUUAGCAAUAGCGUCAAUAAAGACUGACGAUGCCAACAGUCCAGUAUCUUCUGUUGCUACAUAUGAACCAGAGAUUACCUUGCCAAUAAAAGCAAAAGACGAAAUCAGCAACGUCAAAGAAACAACUAUAGUAUCUGACCAGAAACAGCUAAUAGACGCAAAGCAAGAUGAUGAUGAUUUUCUGGAAAUAUACGGUCGUGACUCUGUGAUAGAUCCUAUUUUAAGCAAAUCCACGCUCUUAACACACGGCGACCAGGCAGUAAACGAGCACAACGGCGAGACAAAGGAAAUGCAAGACAUAAACGUAUAUUCGAACUUGGCGAAAAGCAAUGGGUUUAACGAAUACCAAUUCGGUGAAGAUGAUGAUGACGAUGACGAUUCAGUGCUCUACAACCGAGAAAGUAUGCAUCACCGCGAAGUGACUGGGAAGGUUAUAUAUACGACACCUAGAGCUCAAGUAGCUCAUGAGACCCCUACUGUUCUAAUGGCUGAGAAUGUGUCAAUCCCUCAGGCAGCAUCUGUUACGACGCCUAUUGAAAAGAGAACUGUUCACCUGGAUAACGUGGCUGUCGCCCAGACUGCAGCCUAUAUUGAGCAUGAUGUGCAGAGUAGUCGUCAGGAUGUUAUGAUUGAGCCUAUGAAAGACAAGAUAACAAUUGAACAUAUAACUACUGAGGAUACUGAAAGAGUCAACAAUAAGCCUGCGCCUAUAUAUACCGCAGGAGUUUAUGCAGGUGACAACAAUGACGACGAUUACGAUGAUGGAGUUUCUACGCCGACUGUAGCUAAUCAUUAUGGAAUGAAAGCUGAUCAUGAUGAAUUCAGUUCAAACUACGAUCAGUUUAUGAAAAACUCACAUUUGGAUAUUGAAGAAGACAAUGAUGAAGAGGGUGAUAGCGAUUCAGUAGGCAAAAUAAGCAAAUCGAGGAGUUAUCAUGAUAUGGAAAAGCAGGUUGAUGAUGAAGGUAGAAGCUCAUUCUCUUCUGACAAAGAUGAAACAGCCGUUCUUCAAAGUUUAUCGACUGAAAGCGAAGUACAGCUACGCACAUUGGCCGAAAAUAAGAAUGGAAAGAACUCAGAGCCAGACUUUUUGAACAUGCCUUAUACGGCUACCAAAGAAUAUACAGCAACAACUGAAAAAAGGAAGAGCGGGAGUCAGCGUAACCACUGGUCGAUUGGCAUUAAUCUAGUAGACAAGGCUAGCACGAUAAGACAGAGCGUUGCUAUGUCAAGCGAAGCAGGCAGUGAGCAAUGGUUUGAUCCAGAAAAUGAAUGGAUGGAAGAAGAGGAAGUGAUGGCUGAUAAAAGCAAGACAAGUAUUAGUAGAAGCAAUAGUAGCUUUAGUAGUAAUAGCAGCGAAUCAUUAAUGACACCUGGGCCUUUUAAGGGGCCAAAUAAGAUGCAGAUGAUCAACGAGACCCAGAUGAGAGAAAUGGAUGAACAAGACUUGGACUACUACUCUACCGAAAUGUAUAAUAAUAACAAUGGCAGUGGCAGUAAUAGUAAACCCAAUGAUAAAUUUCCGGCUCAAACAGUAAACCAAAAUGGUAGAAAGAGCUUUGCAAGUUCACAGAAUGAAGACGGUGAAGGGGAAAUCUUGAUUUACAUGGAUAACCAAGAAGAGACGAUAGAAGAAAAAUUGGAAAAAGGCAAUGGCACGACAAUAACAAUUAUAGAUAAAAAUCAAGUCAACAUCAAGGAUGAAGAGGUCUCUUUAAGUAAUUCUAAAGAACCGCGAAUAGAAGACAUAUCACACUAUAUGAAUACAUUACCAAAGAUUCAAGAAAGCACGAAUAUAGAGCAGGAAGUACAAACAGCGACUGCAACCAGAGAGAAAACAAAUAUACCUGACGCUCAUGAAAUGAUGGUAAUACCUAACAAAUCCUUGGAUCCUCUUCAUCAGAUGGAAGACUCACCACCACCACAACAACAACAACAACAGCAGCAGCAACAACCACGGCCACAACAUAAACAUGGCAAAAUAUAUAUUGGAGUGAGUGGAGCUCAUGAUAUGUUGUUGCCACUACCAAAAGAAAUCACAUAUGUCCGAUGUGUGAUAAGUGAUGGAGAAUAUGAAUAUAUGUCAAGAUAUGAAGUAUUAGGGCAUCAAAUAUUGAUGGAUUAUGAAUGUAUUAUAGACAGCAAACCAGGCAUGAUUAUCACUGUAUCAUUACAUGUUAGACCUGACUAUCAUGUUAAACCACGAACGGGAUGGACCAAAUGGUUUACAUCGAUAAGAAAGCAAAAAGAGCAUCUGUCUGGAUAUGUGCAUCCUGAAGAUGGAGCUAUUGGACAAACUAGAUUUGCAGUGGAUCAUAUGAUUCCAGCAUGUUAUAAAAAGACGUAUGAAGCUAAUUUUGAUUGCUUCAACUCAUGGUACACAAGGUCAAGUAAAGAGAGACAAAGAAGGGAACAGUUUGGAGAUGAAGAAGACUUUUUAAAGAUUGUUGGUAAGCUAAAUAUUGAAAUGUUAUAUUUACCCGUAUCAGACCCCAAUGUGCAUGUUCCCAAGAGUCUAAGAGAGUGCGAUCUGACACUGAAGAUACUUCAGUGGCAUGAUACCUGUUGGAAGAGCGGUUAUCUUAGUACGAGGCUACAGGGACAAAAGAUUUGGCAGAGACAUUAUUAUCGGUUAAUAGGUAGUCAAUUGAUCGGUUACACUACUGAUAACGAAGGCAAUAUUCUACAAGUAUGGGAUCACUAUAAUAUUGCAGAUGUCAUCAGGCUAAGUGCAGCAGCAGACAAAGUGGUUGUGACACUAAUUGAACAAGAAAUGAAAGAAGACAGAGUAUUUGGGAAAGAGUCGAUUCACCAAGAAAACUUGAAAGGAUUCUUUAGAUUGUCCUUUACUGAUUAUUAUUUGGACUGCCUGGCUGAUGAGGUUCAUGAGUCUGAAGACUGGGUAAGAGCAUUCAAAUCUAUGAUUGGCCGUGUACCUUUAAGGCUGCCUUAUAAUUAUUAUUGA